GGAGGAUCUCAUUUUUAGUCGCUUCUCAUGUGAAAUACCCAGCGCCCAUGCAGCAAUGGCCAGCGCUCAGGCGACCGCCCGGGGCCUCUGCCCGUGGUGCCGCAACUCGCUGCUGCCGGGGUGCUGCGCGCAGUGCCUGCAGCGGGUGGCGCGCCGCUACAGGCGCCAGACGCCGCAACUGGAGUCUCAGCUCCCGCGCCGAAGCAACCGCCACGGCCAGCUGCGCGAGCGGCUGCGGCGCCUGCGCGCGCAGCUGGCGCAGCGGCAGCGCGGCACCGCGCGGCUCCGGGCGCAGCUGGAGGAGUCCCGCGAGCGGCUCCGGCAGCGGCGCAAGGCCCACGAAGAGCGCCUCGCGGACUUGGCGUCUGCACAGAGGCGCUUGGGCGCCAGGGCUUGCGUGCCCCGCGCGCAGUUCCUGCAAGACCCGACGCGGCACCAGCUGGGGGCAUUUCAUAUCUACCAGGAGCUGUCGGUGGUCCUCACCGCCCUGCAGCAGGAGCGCAGGAGGAGGUGCAGUGAACUGGUGGAGUUGCUGCCAGUGAAGUGGUUGCAGACUGGUGCUGGACCGGAGGCUCUGAGCCUGGGUCAGGUGCAGUCACUCGAACGGUCUGGCGUUCUGCAGGAGGAGGAGCUCCGCAACCUCGACGCGUCCCUUUCGCUGCUG